CAAGUAAGUACAAGUAGAAGUUGUCAUAAUUCGUGGACCGAAAAUGGAGAGAAUGUCAUUGGAAACUGGGCCAUCAUAGCAAGAAGCCUUGUAGUUUUUCAUUUCUUUUUUAGUUGUAGAGUAUACAGAGAACCAUGACGUCGAUUAUCAAGAAUCAAAUCAUCAAGCACUUGUCGAAAUUCGUCAAGAACCUUUCCUCAGACAAGAUAGGUCUUAGCACACUUAAAGGGGAAGGUCAGCUGACCAAUCUAGAAUUAGAUGAGCAGGUUUUGAUGGACGUCCUGGAGUUGCCAUCAUGGAUUGUCAUUUCGAAGGUUACAUGCAACAGACUCUCCAUCAAGAUUCCAUGGACAAAGCUGAAGACACACCCAAUAUGUUUGUACCUGGACCAGGUCGAACUAGAAAUGGAGACUUGUCGGGAUCUGAGGAAGACGGAGAACAAGCAAGCUCUGCAAUUAGCAACUAGUAAAUACGGGUUUCCAGAGAGAGUAGUGGAUGGGAUGUACGUACAUGUGAACUCUAUCAUCGGCAAGUUCAAGUCGGACACCUUUCAUGCUGAUAUACAGAUUGCUCAGCUUAUUGUGCAGAGCACGACCCCAGACUGGAAGCCAGCAGACCUGAGAUACUCCAGGAUAAAAGACAUGAACAGAGGACAAGUUCUUACCUUCAAAGCAGUGGAAUGGUCCACGUUUAGACUGACUGUAGAUGCAAUAGAGAAGGGAUCGGGCUCACCCACUACACCAAUUAGGUUAAUCACAAAUCAGGGAAAGAUCUGUAUCACCAUCAAGAAGAGACUCAACGACUGUUCGCUGGUGACGUCCAGACUCCAAGUGCUUCUGGAUGACAUCCUCUGGGUUCUCACAGACUCCCAGAUCAAGGCCAGCAUGCUUCACAUGCGCAGUCUCAACCCAGUCAUACAGAAAGCAGCAGCCCAGAGCAAAGUACAUGCCGAAGCAGCAGGAGAAGCUGUGAGCACCCCACAUCCUACAGAAGACCCUGCAAACAGGCCUCAGAACGUCAAAACAUCCAAGGAACUCCAGCUGCUGCAGUUCUUUGAGCGCUACGACGUCCCCGAGACAUCCUACCACUUCUUCACCAAGAGAGUCGACCUUCACCUCUGUGAUGAAAUGAAUCGACCCGAAACUGACAAGAAUUCAGCAAAAGAAUCGUUCAAAAGGAGAAUAGAAGGAGGUGCUAUGCAGAUCUCUUUUACCGGUGUUUCGUUUGACUACUACCCUUACCAUAUAGCAAGUAGUCCUCGAACCCAUUGGCAAUACUUUGAUGAUGCGAUGAGCCUCUCCGAUAAAUGGAUCCACACCGUCCUUGCCCACUUCAAGCAACAGUACGCCAUGGCACGCAACGAACUCAAGAAACGGACAGCCCCGCCCACUCAUCCAGCCACACCCCCUCCCCACCCUCCACAUACAAAGCUGACCACGCCCCCUGCGCGCCCGGCCACACCCCCAACCAGGACUCAAUCGCAAAUGGGCAGAGAGCGCACGUCAAGCGCUAGCCACGGUCGCCCACCGGGACGCCCAGGGGGUACAGCGGCCCCACCCCAUGGUCAACCACGAUCCGGUGCUAUGCCCGGUCAAACAAGCAGGACAUCGGUCAAGCUAAUGUCCAGUUGUCUAGUGUUUAGGAUACGAGCGUUGCAGCUGAGUAACGUCGCGACGUCGGACCGGGGUGCAAACAACGAGGAAAACCUGCGCAAUAAUCUGUUCUUGAUGUCGGACAAGAACACGUUCCACUUACCCCCUGAGAUACCGUCCAUACAUGUAGAGUACAUGUCUUUCUACUUCCCCAAUGAACUUGACUUCCCUGUGCCAGCCCCAGUGAUCUAUGCCCAGAUCAACCCUAUGCAGCUCAGAUUGGACAAUACAACACUACUAUGGCUCAACCAGUUUGCAUUCAAUGUCAUGCAGACAUUACCUGAAAUAGACGAGAUAGCUCCAGCUUCUCAGACGAGCACGGGACAGGAUCACAUUGACAUUAGAGUAGAUGCACUUAUGCAGAAGGUACUGAUCCCUGUUCCAGAUCCUGUCGCCAACCAACCAGACCGGCCCAAGAUCCUCCAGGUCCAGGUCUCGCAGGUGACUGCAACCAACUGCCGCGUCGGGACGAACUCCUCCAGACCAGACCUAUCGAAGGUCCUGCAGAAGUUCCAGGGAGUCCAGCUCUUCCACACCACGACGUUCCCGAGCAACAAGACCGACUUGCAGACGUUGCCUGCCAAGUUCUGGAAGCACGCUUACGAACCCAACUUCCUCCUCCCUCCAGGGAUGCAGGAAGAUGAAAAGAAAGAUUCCAUUCACAAGAAUGGAACGCCUCCUCAGAUGAGGGACGUGUCGGAACAUUCUAAACCAUUGCAGGAUGUCAAGAUGAAAACGUAUACCUUCAGACCGAACGCGUCCGACGAUGUCUGGGGCAUCAAGGUCGAUCAAGUGUGGGCGGACUUCGUCGGGGUGCCCAGCUCCCCAGACAGGCCGGUGCCAUUCAUCCAGCCACUGCCACUCGGCUUGUGGAUGUGCUCAGCCAAUAGCAAUACAUCGUUAGAGUCACUUGACCAAGUCUCCGGGAGUAGCCCGUCUCUUGCCAAUAUGCACUUGGUUGUAGAUACGCCCUCGUUUGUGGACAUCACCAUCAACCACUAUCAGCUUCUGUUCCUUCUUAGACUCCAGCAAUCCUUACAACUCCUCUCCUCAAACAUGGAACUAGACCAAAACCUCUUCGCCAAAGAUGAACCUCAGGAGGCGAUGCCUUCCAUCGCAAGUCGCGUGAUCUCGGUAGUCUUCCCUAGUAUCCAUGUAACCCUUCUCGGACCCCCAUCGUCAGUUACAGACAAACAGGAGGAUGAGACGACGUCGGUCAGCGAUUUGACCAAUCUCAAGGAUGAUGGGAAGGUAGAGGACAGUAGUCAGGACGCAGAAGCCGAUAGUGGUGGUAACGUAGAAGAAUCGUCUGUCAUUCAGAAGACAGAGCUAUCAGAUUUAGAUCAGAGCAGCUCUGAAGUCGUUACGGACUCCUCGUCACCGACGUCAGACUCGGUUGAUCUCGAGCAUGACGUCAAGAAUGGUAUAUGCAUUAGUGUUGUGAAUGGAGAUGGGGUUCAUGGUUUGGAUAGGAGUGAUAUCAAAGCGUUGAAACUUGAUGGACCACCAGGUGCAGUGGUCAUCACUGGAGCAACGCCCAACGGCAACGGUCAUACUCACACCUCGCUUUUUAAUAACAAUGAACCAGUAGCAAUAGGUACGACUGCGCAUCCUGUGGGCCAAGGACAGGCCCCAAGGAAGAACAACUCCGCCUCUGAGCUGACCCAGUCCGGGAGCGUAUCCUCAGAGACCAGCGGAGGCUCCUUGUCCAAUCUCUCGGGAAGCCUCCCUAAGAGCAACAGCCAGAACUCCAUCACUGUCCAGAUGAACGCCCUCAUGUCGGCCAACUCCAUGGGAUCGCUGGACGAGCAAGGCAUGGACUUUGAGACGAUAUCUGUGAGCAGUGAUUCCAGCGAAGGAUUCACCAUGGUGACCCAAGGCUCUAGGCUAGGAAGCACUGCGGACAUCGAGUCAGAGAGUGGUUUAGGGAGUGAGUUUUCUCAGUCACUGUCAACGAUCGAUGUACCACAGGACAGCGCUCUUACUUCAUCACCUAAUCUUCUACCAGGUUCAACAUCGACAGUUAACAGUAGCACAGACUCUGUACCCUCCCCCGAUGCCAAGGCUAAAGUGGAUGACUUUGAAGGGUGCAUCCACAAGCUGCGGCAGAUCUCCGUCCUGACCUUUGACCUGCACGGUGUCAGUGCGGUGCUUCAGAUGUGCAAUAAGAACGUGGUCCUGAGGGCAGCCGUCUUGGAUAUCAAUAAGGAGGAGAAGGGCAACACCGACUUCACCAAGUACAUGAAUAUACUAGACUCAGACCAUGCCACACUGAAAGCAUGUGUGACACGAGCAUGUAUAGAAGAAAAGCUAAUGCUGUACACAUGCACGCGAGAUGAUGUACGUUUUCUCUUCAACUUACCUGCUAGUACCGAUAAUGGUGACUAUCAUAGAGAAAGCAUAAGGCAAAGGAAAGGGAAGGAAGAUGGAGAGAAAGUAGAAGUGAAGCCAUCCAAGGCAUUGCUUAGGUUUACUAGUGGACCUUUAGCAGAGACGUUAUGUGAACAGGCAGGAGAGAGGGGAUACAUGCAACUACAGUUGAAUGAUGUAGACCUAAACUUUGUCAAGUCGUCUUUGACCAACCUGAGUUCACUCGUUCAGGAUGAGAUGGACUCUCUGCCCAUGCCGCUAGACAUCACAGUAUUCAACACAGCAGUUACGUUACAGGACGAUGCUCCUCUGGUCUACCCUGAUACGGUCGCAAGCCCUCCCCUUCAGCUGAGGAUACCAUCGGUUAGAGUACAUCGAUCACCCGAUGGUGCUUUCCAUGUCAAAGGCAUCCAUCCCCAGGGCAUCAGCUUAAAAUCUACCGAACACACCGAUCCUCCAUCAACCACACACCCCAGCGACCACACCCACACAACCACACCGCCCCAAGAUGCGGCCGCCAAUGAGACGCUCAGCGAUGAGAACGCGAACCUCCGCAGCCGGAUGGCUCUGAUGAAGGACGCCCUCGCGGUGCUGGAGAGGGAAAGGACCUCGCUGCUCUCGACGCUGGAGCACCUACAGGAGGAGCUCCUGACGGCGGAUAGAGAGAGGGAUAAACUGAAGGAGCAUGUGGUGGAGCUGAGUAGGAGAGUCAACCUAGGAAGAUGAGACUCCGUACGGUACUCUUGAGUUCUAGGGGAUGUUUCACAAAGAUCCUAAGUUAAACUUAUCUCUUAGUUGGACUUAGCAGUUAUGGAAAGCGGUCUGCAUCUUUGAAAAUAUUUUGUAAAAGUUAUUUUAAAAGGUAUAAAAUGUUGAAUCAAAUCAUUUAUAUUUUCUAUC